AUGCACACAACCAUAUUCCUGAGGUGGAUUGCCGUCGUCAAAGGUGGCGAAGAAGGCCGUUCACAGCCCACCGAGCUGUCCAGGCCCACCUCCACCGCCACCUCGAGCGCACGCGCGGCGACGGCGACGAGACGAAGCCUCGCGCCACCGCACCGCCGCGGCCUCGUCGUCUUACUCCGCUCCGGCUUCCUCUCCUCUCUUCUCCAGAUGGAGCGCUGCGCCAGCCGGACCUCCGCCCGGCCGCCGCAGCCCCAGCCCGCUCCCGCCCCAGCCCCAGCCCCAACCCCAGGCCGUGGAAUAUGCAUGAUGAGCACCGCGUGGAGAGACAAGCAGGAACACCACCUUAUCAACUUCAUUGGCGCGUUCCUGGCCGCCAACUUGUAUCGCCUAAACUUCCUGUCGAUAUCUCCUGACUUCAUCUUCAACAAUGGGGGGCUAUCAGUUGCUUUCAUCUUUGAGACGAGCUGGGAUUGUGGGAAUGCAGCUGCUGUUUUUAGCAGGGUGAAUGCACUGAAGAGGCAGUUCAAAAAUCUCUAUGUCGUUGUUGCCGUUCCUACGGUGGAGCAAAUCGAAUCGUUUAAUCAGUCUUAUUUCAAGUAUGGCAUGGAGCUUGGUUCCCCUACAUUUGUGCCUGUUAACGAUCCAGAGAUGGGAUUUGAGAUGAUGCUCAAGAUUGCUCAUGCCCGUGGAGUAUGCAAGCAGCAGGACAUUAGCUCAACAAUGAGGAAUGAGCGGGAGCAAGCAGUUCAGUGCAUGGAUGCCUAUGUACGAGUGCUCACCUCUAUUCCUGGUAUUGAUGAUCACGAUGCCAAUAUGCUUGCCCAAGCUAUUGGCUCCAUUGAAGCAAUUGCAAAAGCAUCCGAGAGUUCUAUCCUGGAAAACACUGACCUCUCCAGGGAUAAGGCAGAGACAAUUGUCAGGUUCUUCAGGGAUCCGCAGUUCUACUUAAGCCCUAAAAUCAACUAAUUUUUGCAGGCAAAUUAAGGUCGAUUAGCUACUGAAUCUGCACUGGGACGAACUCCACCGACUGCCGAAGCCAUUGGUCCUCGUCGGCUACUGAUUGCCCUGGUAGCGUUUAACGAUGCUAUGUUGCUGUAGAUUGCCCACAGAAUAUGUGUUGUGAUGAUGUAGUGCAGUAACGAUGCCAUACUGCAUUUGCUUCGGAUUUUUUACUGCAAAAAAUCAGCUGGUUGGCUUA